AAGAUAACAUCUUUCACUACAUUAAAAAAAAUAAAUCAAAUCUUGAUUUUUCAGCCUCCACAGAGAGAAAAAUCCCCCGACAUUCCGAUCUCCGAUCUCUUCUUCCACCAUUUUUUCCGAUCUGGGCACCUCUUAAAACCCCAAAAACAAGCAAUGGGUAAAGGCGGUUCAUUGAGCGACGGUGUCAUCAAGAAGAUCCUUCUCUCCUACACCUACGUAGCAAUCUGGAUCUUCCUCAGCUUCACCGUCAUCGUCUACAACAAGUACAUCCUCGACAAGAAGAUGUACAAUUGGCCUUUCCCAAUCUCUCUAACCAUGAUUCACAUGUCCUUUUGUGCCUCCCUUGCUUUCCUCCUCAUCAAGGUCUUCAAAGUCGUCGAGCCCGUCUCCAUGUCUCGAGACCUUUACCUCUCUUCCGUCGUCCCUAUCGGCGCUCUUUACUCCCUCAGCCUCUGGCUCUCCAAUUCCGCCUACAUUUACUUGUCCGUUUCCUUUAUCCAGAUGCUCAAAGCGUUGAUGCCCGUCGCCGUGUAUUCCAUCGGCGUCCUUUUUAAAAAAGAAGGGUACAAGAACGAUACGAUGGUCAACAUGUUGUCGAUCUCUUUUGGGGUCGCCAUCGCAGCUUACGGGGAAGCUAAAUUCGACACUUGGGGAGUGAUUUUGCAGUUGGGAGCUGUUGCUUUUGAGGCUACCAGGUUGGUCAUGAUUCAAAUCUUGCUUACUUCUAAAGGGAUCACCUUGAACCCCAUUACUUCGUUAUAUUACGUUGCUCCAUGCUGCUUUGUUUUCCUUUUGGUCCCAUGGGUUUUCGUUGAGUACCCAGUUUUGAAAGAAACAUCGAGUUUCCAUUUCGAUUUCGUCGUUUUUGGGACCAACUCUAUAUGUGCAUUUGCUUUGAACCUAGCUGUGUUCUUACUUGUUGGAAAGACCUCUGCUUUGACCAUGAAUGUAGCUGGGGUUGUCAAGGACUGGUUGUUGAUUGCCUUCUCUUGGUCUGUCAUCAAGGAUACCGUGACACCCAUCAACUUGUUUGGGUAUGGACUGGCGUUUUUGGGUGUUGCUUACUAUAAUCAUUCAAAGUUACAAGCUUUGAAGGCCAAAGAAGCACAGAAGAAGACUGCACAAGCAGAUGAAGAAGGUGGGAGAUUGUUGGAAGAGAGGGAAGGUGAAGGAAGUGGCAAGAGCAGUGAAUCUCAGGAUUAGAUCAGUUCAUGGUUCGUAUUUCAUAUUAGGAUUAUGAAAUAUGAAGGAUGUUGCAAAUAAGGGAUAAAGGGAGAUAUUUUGAUGAUAUGAUCCAGAAAGGGCUUGUAUUCAAUGGAAAAAAACAAUGAGGGGAUAAUGCAUUUUGGGUUUUGGUAUGUUGUUUCUUUCUAUUUUUUAGGUUUACUUAUUAUGGCCAUUUCAUAUUAAAAACAUCAGGGGUUUGGGAUCAUAUAAUGUAGGUUAGUAGAGGAAGAUGAAAUCUCAAAGGCCCUGUAUUUUGUUUGUUGUUUUUCUUGUUUUUGCUUCCUUUGUCUCUUCUUUUUGUGUUGUUGACAAAUGUUUCAUUCAUGGAGUUUUAAUCCUUAAUUUAUUCAUUUACGCUA